AUGUAUUCGAGAAAUGCUUUCCUUCAUCGAUUUAUUUAUUCAUGCAAAAUCAACUACAGAAAUAUUCAUAAUGAUCAACUCCUUUCAAGUUCAGAACAAUUCGAAAAUUUUGUACCAAGACAACGAUUCGAACUUCCUGUGAAAUUUGAUCGGAAAGAUUGGUAUCCAAAACAUAUGCAUAUUCAAAUGAAAGUAAUGGAAGGGAAGCUUCGAACAGUUGACUUGAUCUUGGAAGUUCAUGACUCACGAGUGGCUCUCUCAGGAAGGAACUCAAAUUUUGCUCAAAAAUUGUUUUCAGUAAGACCACAUAUUUUAGUAAUGAAUAAAAAGGAUUUAAUCGAUCAGGAAAGAUACAGAGAACAAAUAGAGAAACAUUACAAUUAUCAAGGUGUUGAAAACAUUUUUUGGACAGAUUGCACAAAGCGUGUGGAUUCACAAUGGGAUGCUUUAAGAGAAAAAAUGUUGGAAUUAUUACAAAAAGAACUUCGAUUUAAUAGAACGGUUAAAACAGAAUAUCAAGUAAUGGUUAUUGGAAUUCCAAAUGUUGGUAAAUCUUCUCUAAUUAAUGCUUUUAGGAAAAAUAAUUUGGGAUAUGAAAAGGCCCAUGCUGAAGGUCCUUUUCCUGGUGUCACUACAAGAGUUCAAAAUCGUGUUAGGAUAUGGCAAGUUUUGAUAUUUUUUUAA